AUGAAUGUGAGCAGAGACAAGGUCGGUGACAUCUCCAUCCCGGCGGUGACAGCCCCCGCUGCCGGCAUCGGCGGGGAGCCCCGCGGCUGCCACGGGGAAGGGAUGGACAGCCGCGGGGAGCAGCGGCUCUCUGCCGGCGGCGAGCUGCCGCUCUACUGCCCUGCCAGCCGGGACAGGCAAGGGGACAGCCAGAGCAACACCCCCGGACAAGAGGGGGCAGUGGCCGCGCUGCCCAUGGUGCACAGAACCACCUCCUUCUCCGUGCUCGACAUCCUGGACCCUAACAAGUUCAACAGCAAGCGGCGGCAGUGCGCGGGCUUGUACAAAUCGGCGGGGAGCGAGUUCACUCUGGGGGCGGAGGAUAAGCCCGAGGACUCAGGGACGGAGCUGGCCGAGCAAAAGGCUCUCGCCGAAGAUUUCGACGCGUGCAAGAAGUCGGCAGAGCUGAUCAGUAAGUAG